AAUUGUUUAACGAUGUGGCAUUCUUAUUUUUAGUGUUCGUAAGAAAACAGCGAUUUUAUGUUUAGUUCAAAAAUAUAAGCCCUGGUCUAAUAUUGGGAGGGUUUACAUCGGGAAGCAAAUUUACAUACCAAAGUGUGGAGGCGGGGCUAUUUUAGGGUAUUACCUUCUUGAUUUGUAUAAGUGUCGUUUUCUUCUUUCCAACCAUCCAUCUUGGUCCAUUCUACAGGAAGUCCAAUCGUUGGUAGAGUUCUAGAAGCGGGCGAGGGUGAGAACCGCGAACGGUAGUCGCCCGCAAACCUUGAACGAGGCUGCAACACGACAGUGUUGUUGAAGCAAUCGGGAAGAAAAGAUGGCUGCCAACGCUCCUCUUGACGAAGAGAAAAUGUCUACGGCCCUGGUUGAGCCAGACGCAUGUACUCAAGAAUAUAUUUUCCAACAGACCAUGUAUAGAAUCAAAGACCCAGAAGUAUCUUUGAACUUUUAUAGUAAGGUGCUUGGUAUGAGGCUGUUACAUAGACUUGAUGUCCCGUCGAUGAAGUUCACGGUGUAUUUUAUGGGGUUCGAAAAUAAGGCAGAUAUUCCAGAGGACAAAAAGGCGAGAACAGAAUGGGCUUUUUCCAGGAAAGCUACGCUGGAGCUUACUCAUAACUGGGGUACUGAAUCGGAUCCAAACUUCAGUGGAUACCACAAUGGGAACUCGGACCCUCGAGGAUUUGGUCACAUCGGGUUGAUGGUUCCCGAUGUAUACAAGGCUUGUGAACGGUUUGAAUCGCUUGGGGUUGCUUUUGCAAAAAAGCCAGAUGCAGGGAGAAUGAAGGGACUUGCAUUUAUAAAAGAUCCAGAUGGAUACCUGAUUGAAAUUCUGAACAACAAGGCAAUGUCAGACUUGAAGGUUGAGUAAGGACUGCUGGACUCGCAUCAAUGAAAACGCUUCUUUUUAUUUCCUCAAAAUUUAAAAUACGCUCCAUGCUUGCUUGAAAUCAUAUGCUGUAAUUUUUUUCCUAUUAAACCAGCUUAAUUAUGUGACCAUGUCA